GCGGCCUGGCCGGGUCCGCCCCUCGGCGUGGGGGGCGCGGGGCGCGCGGGGAACCGAGCUGCGCGCUGGCUCUGGGGCGCGCAUCUCCCACCGCAGGCUAGCGCGGGCUGCAGUCCUCCUGGCCUCGCCUCUUGCGCCCGGCCUGCCCGCCUCCGGAGCCGCCUCUGCCCACGGAUGGGCUGGGGAAGUUGGGAGGAGCGAGCCGGAGCCCGCGCCGGGCGCGCCCCGCCGCUGCCUGACUCGGCGCCCGCAGUCCGGGCGCAGCGCGCCAGCCGCAGGAGCGCGGAUGCCCCCCGGAGCCGCGUGUUGGCAGGUGUUGGGGCCUGAGGCUUCCAGCAGACUAUGGGUACAACGGCCAGCACAGCCCAGCAGACGGUUUCGGCGGGUACCCCCCUCGAGGGCCUCCAGGGCGGUGGCCCGAUGGACGGUCAGCACUCACCCAGUGUCCACUCCUUCCAGACCACAGGCUUGCACAACAGUAAAGCCAAGUCCAUCAUCCCCAACAAAGUGGCCCCCGUCGUGAUCACGUACAACUGCAGGGAGGAGUUCCAGAUCCACGACGAGCUACUCAAGGCCCAUUACACGCUGGGCCGGCUCUCAGAGGCCACCCCUGAGCACUACCUGGUGCAGGGUCGCUACUUCCUGGUGCGGGAUGUUGUUGAGAAGAUGGAUGUUCUGGGCACCGUGCAGAGCUGUGGGGCCCCCAACUUCCGGCAGGUGCGGGGUGGGCUCACCGUGUUCGGCAUGGGGCAACCCACCCUCUCCGGAUUCAGGCGGGUCCUCCAGAAACUCCAGGAGGAUGGACACAGGGAGUGCGUCAUCUUCUGCGUGCGGGAGGAGCCCGUCCUGUUCCUGCGUGCUGGUGAGGACUUCGUGCCCUACACACCUCGAGACAAGCAGAAUCUUCGUGAGAACCUGCAGGGCCUUGGACCUGGAAUCCAGGCAGAGAGCCUGGAGCUGGCCAUCCGGAAGGAGAUCCAUGACUUUGCCCAGCUGAGUGAGAACACGUACCACGUGUACCACAAUAUUGAGGAUCUGCUGGGGGAGCCCCAUGCUGUGGCCAUCCGGGGUGAGGACGAUGUGCACGUGACCGAGGAGGUGUUCAAGCGGCCUCUCUUCCUGCAGCCCACCUACAGGUACCACCGCCUGCCCCUGCCAGAGCAAGGGGCCCCCCUGGAAGCCCAGUUUGAUGCCUUUGUGAGCGUCCUUCGGGAGACCCCCAGCCUGCUGCCGCUCCGAGAUGCCCAUGGGCCUCCCCCUGCUCUCCUCUUCAGCUGCCAGACAGGCGUGGGCAGGACCAACCUGGGAAUGACCCUGGGUACCCUCAUCCUGUUUCACCACAGCCGGGCUGCCUCGAGGCCGGAGGCUGUCCCCCUGCAGACCAAGCCACUGCCCAUGGAGCAGCUCCAGGUGAUCCAGAGCUUUCUCCACAUGGUGCCUCAGGGCAGGAAGAUGGUGGACGAGGUGGACAGAGCCAUCACCGCCUGUGCAGAGAUGCAUAACCUGAAGGAGGCCAUCUUGGAAAACCAGAGGAAGCUGGAAAGUGUCCGGCCAGCCGGCCCAGCCCAGGGAAGCAGCAGCCAGCAUGGUGUCCGGCAGAGGGCGCUGCAGAGCCUGGAGCGAUACUUCUACCUGGUCCUGUUUAACUACUAUCUCCAUGAGCAGUACCCGCUGGCCUUUGCCCUCAGUUUCAGCCGCUGGCUCUGUGCCCAUCCUGAGCUGUACCGCCUGCCUGUGACCCUGAGCUCAGCGGGGCCUGUCGUCCCUGGGGACCUCCUCACUAAGGGCUCUCUGGGGGUGGACGACCUCAUCUCCCCAGACGCACUCAGCACCGUCAGAGAGAUGGACGUGGCCAACUUCCGGCGGGUGCCCCGCAUGCCUAUCUAUGGCACAGCCCAGCCCAGCGCCAAGGCCCUGGGGAGUAUCCUGGCCUACCUGACCGAUGCCAAGCGGAAGCUGAAGCAUGUCGUGUGGGUCAACCUGAGGGAGGAGGCCGUGUUGGAGUGUGACGGGCACACCCACAGCCUGCGGUGGCCUGGGCCCCCCAUGGCCCCUGACCAGCUUGAGCACCUGGAGAUCCAGCUGAAGGCCCACCUGAGUACGCCUCUCCCAGGCACGGGGGGGCCACCGACCCGCAGGUUCCAGACGUGCCUCACCACACGGGAGGUCUUCGCCCAGCACUGUGGGGCCUACCCCGGCCUCACUUACCACCGCAUCCCCGUGCCAGACUUCUGCGCCCCCUGCGAGGAGGAUUUCGACCGACUGCUUGAGGCCCUGCGGGCUGCCCUUGCCAAGGACGCGGGCACCGGCUUCGUGUUCAGCUGCCUCAGCGGCCAGGGCCGGACCACGACCGCCAUGGUGGUGGCUGUGCUCGCCUUCUGGCACAUCCAAGGCUUCCCCGAGGUGGGCGAGGAGGAGCUUGUGAGUGUGCCUGAUGCCAAGUUCACCAAGGGCGAGUUUGAGGUGGUGAUGAAGGUGGUGCAGCUGCUGCCCGCUGGGCACCAGGUGAAGAAGGAGGUAGAUGCAGCCCUGGACACAGUCAGUGAGACCAUGACGCCCAUGCACUACCACCUGCGGGAAAUCAUCAUCUGCACCUACCGCCAGGCCAAAGCGGCCAAAUCGGAGCCGGAGGCCCGGAGGCUGCAGCUUCGGAGCCUACAGUACCUGGAGCGCUACGUUUACCUGGUGCUCCUCAACGCCUACCUCCACCUGGAGAAGGCCGACUCCUGGCAGAGGCCCUUCAGCGCCUGGAUGCGGGAGGUGGCAUCAAAGGCUGGAGUCUAUGAGAUCCUCAAUCAGCUGGGCUUCCCCGAGCUGCAGAGCGUGCAGGACCAGCCCUUCUCCGGGCUGCGCUGCCGGUGGCAGGAGCGGAGCCACGGCCUUGAGCCCGCCGCUGCUGGAGACUUCCUGUAGGAGGUGCUCCCCCGCCCCUGUGUGCCCCCUCCCACAGGCGUGCUCCAGGUGCUCCUCACUGGGAGCCGUCCUGAGGAACCCAUUCCCCAGCUUCCCGCAGAGACUGGAGUGGGGUUGGGACCCUUUUUUAAGAAGAGGUUUUGAUAGGACAAUUAGUGCACAGGUAUACUUGUAAACCACAGGCACACAGGCCCGGCGUGUGCCUUGCAGACCGAAGAUGGCUUCCAAGGAGCUCAGUCCCCAAGUAGCCACCAAACGAAGCCACGCUCCACUUGCACGCAUGCGCUUUCCUCUCCCGCUUCCGAGCGGUCCUCACAGCCUCAGGUGCAGAGUCCGGUUCCUUCUCUUGCUUUCUCUUGCUGCCCUCCUGCUUGGCUUCUCCCCUUUUGCUGCCUAAGCACUGCCCUGGGGCCCCUGGCUCCCCAGGGAGCGGACAGGGCUCUUGGUGGACUGGUCACUUUAAUGGCAGCCUCACCCAGUUCCCUGGCCUCUCGUGCCCCUUCUCCUUCCUUCCCCUUGUCCGUCUCCUGGGGAUGGCAGGACUGUGAGGGUCUCCAAGGAGCUGGAAGGGAGGGGUCCUCUCGGGAGGAAAGAGCUUCUAGAAGGUGGAUGCGGCCCCGGGAAGAGGCCUGCUCCGUUUCCCGGGCGCCAGGGCGGGAAGGGCUGAGGAAGCCAAGCUCCCAGCAGUGGGUCCUUCUGUGCUUCUUCCCUGCCCUGGUGGCCUAGAUGGCUCCAGUCCCCAUCUGCUGCAGCAGGAGCCCCGAGGACUGCUGGGUGACCCUGAGGGAAUGGUGAAGAGGGCUAAGGAGGGUGUGAGGGCUCACCUGGGUUGCAGGCCAUCCGAGCUGAGGACCCCCCCGAGCUUCCCUCCAGAGGGAACAGAAGGGGCUGGUGAGCAGGAGGCUGUCCCGACAGUGGGAAGGCCGCUGGGAGGGGCGGGAGGGCACGGCCCUGUGGAGUUGAGUCUGGCUCUUGCUCUGGGGACUGUUCUCCGCUGAAGCCCAGGGGCCGGGCGGCCUGAAGGCUGCCUAUGCGGCCCUUCCUGGUUGGGUGCGUGCGCUUCUGUGGAAAAUCAGGCGGAUGUGUCUCUGUUCCCAUCUCCCUAGCAUUGGAAGGAAUUGGGCCGUCUUGGCUGAAAUCUGCGAAACUACUGUAUGUCCAUUCCCUCCCUUUUCAGAUCUGUCAGGUUUGUUGAUUUUUGCAUAUAUUAGAGAGUUUUGAUUUCUUUGCAGACAAGGUCUAGAGGAGGGGUCAGAGCUCAGGCUGAACCGAGAGGGAUCCUUUGUGUUUUCACGGUUGGCCCUGACUUUCAGCUGUGCUGGGACCACUGGCCGGUCACUGCGCCUCUCUGCCUCAGUUUCCCCAUUUGUAAAAUGGGAGAAUAAUACUUGCCUACCUACCUCACAGGGGUGUUGUGAGGACUCAUUUGUGACUUUUUUUUUUUUUGUACAGAGCUUUUGAGCAUUAAAAAAAAUGGCUAAAUGUGAAAUGUGCCCCGCCUGCUGAUGUCUGUAGUGUGGGGCAGAUGUUACAGACGUGAUACAGCUGUGGUGGGUGGGCAAGGUGAGUUGAAAGCACCAGCCCUUAGUGCUCCCAAUUCUUGGAGAAGGUAAGUUUUUCCUGACAUCCCUCUCCUUCCUUCACAUCCUUCAUGCGUUACCGUCUCACUCAGGAUGCCCAGGGCUGUCCAGCAGCAUAAUAGGCUAAUUCAUACUCAGAGGUGAAGGACUGUUGUGUUCAGAGACAUGGAGCAAAAUGGAAUCUCAAGGGUUAUGAUGGAGGGUGGACCUCAGCCUCUACUCCCUCCUCUCACCCCCGCAGGCUUUCCUUGGCCCCUUCAGGCCCCCAAAUGCUCAGACACAAUUGCAUUGAUUAGUGUGUGAUGAAGAGGCAGUGAGGAGAGUGAGGCGGAGAGCAGACCCCAGGCUUUCUCCCCACGCUCUCCCAGGGUUAGGGGAAUGAAAGACCUCUGGGUUCUAGUUCUGAGGUCAGCUGGGGGGUGGUCAGGAUGGAACCCAGAGCCCCAUGUGCUGGGGUAGGUGAUCUUCCCAGUCUGGGAGGGAAGGCCUCCUGGGGUUACCUCCCCGCACAGCAGAGUCCAAGGAUGCCCCAUGUGGCUUCUGAACGUGAGUGUGGAGACAUGC